UCUGGAUAGGCUUAUAGACAAGGAAAGCAGAGACGGCUCGAGACUAGUGUCUAGAGAGUGGAGUAAAAGUUGUUCAACUGGCGAGCUGGUCGACAGUCAAAAAUGUAAACAAAAAUAAACUUGAGUGGAACGAUAGGAUCGCUCCACGUUUCCACUCUGUAUAAGCUUUACACUUCACGGUUUAAAGGUUAUGUUAACACUGUUUAUUGCUUACAUGCUUACAGUGUGUUCACAUUUUAUUUAUUAUUAUUAUUUGAACUCACUUUAAGUUACAAAUCGAAGGCGGGAAUCCCAGGAGAAUCCUCAGUGCCAAAGAUUCGUGGGGUGGAACUUGUUUAUAAGUUGCAUCCGAGCAAUUUUCGUUCAUAUCUUGCUGUUUGCGAGUCAAGAUGGGAACCCAAGUCGCUCUAGUAGCCUCCGUUUGUACGUUGGUGGUUGGCGUCGUUGUAAUUCCAUCCGUACAGAGCAGUCCCUCGAAUUUCUUCCAAGAUGGUGACACACCUGUCUAUGAUUACAUCGACAAUGAUUUACAAAGACUGCUUUUCAGUGAACGAAAACGAAACGAGGAGGAGGCUGGAGGCGGCACAUCUUCGGGUAGCGGGGGCGGCGCCUGCAUACCGAGAGGCGGCAACUGCGAUAGUCGAAUCAACGACUGUUGCGACUGCUGCUCCUGUCGCUGCAACCUGUGGGGCGUCAACUGUCGCUGCCAGCGGCGGGGACUUUUCCAGAAGAUCGGAAAAUAGACGAAUCCCGGAAAAUCAUUCAACCCGGCCUUGUAUUGUGUUCGGAUCACAAUCGCCCAACUGAAAAUAACAGUGUUAUUAUGUAACAAUUAUUCCCCUCAUGCAUCACAACUCUCCAUGAUUCUUGUACACUAAAUGUAUUUUUUCGAGUUGAGAUAAAAAUCGAAUAAAAUCACGAUUUUUCUUAAU